UUGCGUUUCUUCCAAGUGACCCAGCCAGUGAGGUCAUUAUGCUUUCCACUCUCUCAACGGGAGGUGGGGCUUUUUGGUGAAAACUUAUUCUACCCCGCUGCACAAAGACCAGUGUGCAGUCCCGUAGUCUCCUCCACGCUGUGAGUGCGCGGCGCCCGCACAGAUCGCUCCAGUUUCGGACCUUAAGCCCCUCCAACAUUGCAUGAACCCGAGCGCCUUCGCUGCUGUUUGCUCGGCCGUGAACGACCCCCGCCCUCGCUGCUCCGCUGUGGCUUUUCUCCGGCAGAUACUCCGACCGCGGACACCGUCGGGACCAGUGAAGAGAGAGAGGCUGCGGGAGUGGUCUGGAAACUUUUGCCAUCAUGGGCACGCGACCGGUCAACCUUGAUACCUACAGCCUGUCGCUGCUCACGGCCAAGGAGGACAUCCUCAACCCGCGCUCCUCCACCAACUGGGCAAUAUUCACAUAUGAUGGAUUCACCAACAAGCUGAAACUGGCUGACUCAGGAGCGGGCGGUGUGGCAGAGCUGGCAGGGAAAUUUCACAUUGCCAAGCCUCAAUAUGGACUGUGCAAAGUGGCAAGUGUGGAGACAGGAGGCCCCCGGAUUGCGCUGAUCAGCUGGGUCGGCCAAAACGUGGAGGACUUCCGGAGGACAGAAUGUGCCAGCCACAUUCCAGCCAUCAAGAGCUUCUUCAAGGAAGCACAUGUGUUCAUUGGUGCAGAGAAGGUGGAGGAUGUGACAGAGGAGAAGAUAAGAGCGGAGCUCGGCAAGGCCCAGGCCCACGCUCCUACACAGUAUGUGAGAAGGAGCUCCAGGUCGGCAGACAAGGAGGAAUUAGUGGGCACAAACUACAGAAAAACGAAUGCAGCUUUUGAGAUGAGACUAAUAAACAGAGAGUCCUUCUGGGCACGUGCAGAGCGUGAAGAGGAAGAGAGGAAAGAGGAGGAGAGGAGACGGGCAGCAGAGGAGAGGCGUCGCCUUGAGAAAGAAAGAGUCUUAAAAGAACGGAGGGAUGCAGAAGAGAGAGACAGAAAGAUGAACGAGAAGUUGCAAAUGAUUGAGGAGCAGAGAAGAAAGCAGGCAGAGCAAGAAGAAGAGCUGCGCAGAAAGGAAAAAACUAAAUGGGAUCAGCAGCAGAGGGAGCAUGAAGAGUAUAUGAGGGCUCGUCUUCGAAGGAGUGAAUCCAUAGAGAAAGCAGCCGAGGCAGCAGCGUUGGUGUCUCAACGCUCCAUGAACCCUCGGGAGUUCUUCAGGCAGCUGUCAUCAUCAUCGUCACAGAGUCCCACCAGCCCUGGAUCCUCCCGCACUGGCAAACCAUUCAGGCGAUACCAGCGCAGCCUGACAGACACGGCCUUCAUCUUCGCCAAAGCAGAGGAGAGCACGGCGUCCUCCCCUCGCAGUUCUCCCCUUGUCUCCCCCUUCUCCCGCGCUCCUCCCUCUCCCAUCUUCCGUGCCACGUCUCCCCCAGUGAGCCCUGAUUUCCGCCCCGUCACCUCUCCACAGAGGCCCAGACCUCCCAUGUCACCGCCCGCAUCCCCUCUCCGCCCUGCCCCUCCGGUCUCAGCCCUGCCCAGCGUUCCACACACUGACGAUAAAGUUCACGAUGUUUUUGAGCCCAAACUCCCGUCACCCACAGAACCCUCUGCACCUCCAGCCUCCCCUACUCUCUUGGCUUCCUUGUCCUCCAAAUUACUAAAAAACAGCCCUUCUCAGUCACAUCCGGAGGCCCUGCCUCCUUCGCCUCCAAAUACCCCAACCCAGCCGGAGGACUCAACUUUCAGCUUUGAAUCCGUCCUAUCUCCACAGGCUCCGACAGCUCCUCUUCCGGAGAGACCGCAGCCAAACAAAGACCUCAACACAGCCACUCAUGUGCACACUGAGCUGGUCUCAGACAUCGGCUACAAAGUACAGGCUGUCCUGGUGGAGGAGGAUGAGGAAGAGGAUGUGGAGGAGCACGAGGAAGAGGAUGUGGAGGAGCACAAGGAAGAAGUGGCUGAAACACAGCCACAGCCUUUAGCUGUUACCACAGAACCAGCCCUGACUGAGACAGACGAACAGGACCAAGAGGAGGAGGAAAAGACGGAGGAGGAAAAGGUGGAAGAGGAGGAGGAGGGGGAGGAGGAGAACAAGGAGAAAGAGGAGGAGAGACAAGAGGAGAGACAAGAGGAGAGCAAGGAGAACAGGGAGAAAGAGGAGGAGGGAUUAAAAUGGGAAGCUGAGUAUGUACUGCUGGAGGAGCCAGCUGAGGUGGUGCAGGAGGAAGAGGAGCCAAAGACAGACGGAGAGGAGAAUUCAGAAGACGUUCAGGCCCCUGCUGAUCCCACUGAGCUUUCAGAGAAAGAGGAAGAGCCAGCAGUCACCGUCAUUGUCUCAGAUGCCGAUCCAAUUUGUCAAGAAAUGAAACACGAGGCUGUCGUCCCGUCAACCAACGGGAUGACAAACGGCGAGGACACACAGGAGCAUAAUGGCAUAGAGCGAUCUUUGAGUCCAUCUGACACAGAAAUCAGCUCACCGGAGCUGGCUGUGUGCUACGAUCUUCAUGGCGCGAGAGAGGAGGAUGACGUCGUUGAGGAGAAGGAACAGGAGAUCACAGAAAAUGGACAAGAGGUUUUAGCCGACCGACAAAUGUGCGUCCGAGCUCUGUAUGACUACCAAGCAGAAGACGAAUCCGAGAUCUCGUUUGAACCCGGUGACAUCAUCAGGGACGUGGAGACGGUGGACAAAGCUUGGUGGAGGGGGUGGAGCAAAGAUGGACAUCAAGGCUUGUUCCCUGCUAAUUAUGUGGAGACUAUAUAGGCAGGCAGAGAUACACUAGAGCACACACACACACACACACACACACACUCAGGGACACCAUCUCCCCUCACGUUUGUUCAUAUUUUUACCUUAAUCCUCCCACUGAAACUUUGUACUCUUUAUUUUGUAGGAAGGUUGAAGACAUUUUUUUUUUUUCUGGAGAAAAACUUAAUAUUCUCACAAGUAUGCAGAAAUUACCCAGCCUCAUUUUCCUGAAUAAAAUAGCGGAGACCUUUUUUUCCUGGACCAAAAUAACUUAUUUCCUUUUGAGAUACAGCAGGAAUGUUGGUGGGAGGGAUCAGAUCACUGUGACAAAUGAUCACAAACUUGCUUUUCUUGUACGAAACACAAACAGAUUUCUAUAGUGCAUAGUCGUCUUUUUGAUCCGCACGUAUAACAAGCGUUCCAUUCUGCUCACUUUGUGUGUUACCUUGCUAAAAAAGAAUUUACCGCUCUUGACUGUUAUAUAUAAUCAAGAUACAUGCGUAAGACGUCAUCUUAUAAUCACAUUCGUGUACUUCCUGAGUUAUUUUGUAGCACUGCAUUUGUUACUGACAAACUCACAGCGUAUUUUAAUUACCCGAACCAGAAGAGAAAGUAAACAUGCGGAGGAGAGAGGCACUGUAUUGUCACCUGUAUUUCUGUAUCGUUCUUUAACACGAUGUCUUUCUCAGAUGGUGAUGCUCCUUUCUUGAAUUUUGUGAUUACGUCUCAUCCUUAGCUCUCUUUAAUUGAGAUUUAAGCAUCAUGUCGACACAGAUGGUAAAAAAAAAAAAAACUUUCAAUUUUAACCCUCUGUAAUAUUCUUAAUACUCUACAUUGUAUAUAAGAAUGUAUAAAAAAAAAGGUCAAAUAUCUUCUCUUUUUCUGCACUCAGCUUUUAUGUUUGUAUGUUGUAUGCUUGUUUGAUGCUAUGUACUUUACGUUCUUCGUAUUUACCCCAACCUUACAAAAUAUAUAGCGUCUACAAACUCAAA